CUAGGCAGCAGCAGCAGCAGCAGCAGCAGCAGGGACGGCAACAACGAGCUGCACCAAUUGGCUCUCUGACUUACUGCAAGAGAGUAACCUGGCCCUCCCUCUUCCUCUCUCUCUCUCACUGUCUCUCUCUCUCUCUGAGUCCGUUAUUUCUCUCCCUCACUCCCUCCCUCCCUUGCGUACUGUGCUGUCUCUCUGUCUCUCUCUCUCUAUCCAUCCCUCCUCUGUCUAUCCAAAUCUCUCUAUCAGCUGGACAGACCUGCGCAGCACACGGCACACAGCACACGGCGCAGCGCAGCAACAACUCGGCACUCUGUGUUAAGGGGACACGAGCCGGCUCCUCUCCCACUGCCUCUGCAUGACUGUCACAAAGAUGUCAUGGCGCCCGACCUACCGAAGCUCCAAGUUUCGAAACGUGUAUGGCAAAGUGGCCAACCGGGAGCACUGCUUCGACGGCAUUCCCAUCACCAAGAACGUCCAUGACAACCACUUCUGUGCCGUCAACUCCAAGUUCCUCGCCAUAGUGACCGAGGCUGCUGGAGGAGGGUCCUUCAUUGUCAUCCCCGUCUCCCAGUCAGGGCGCAUCGAGCCCCACCACCCAAAGGUGUGCGGUCACCAAGGCAAUGUGUUGGACAUCAAGUGGAACCCCUUCAUUGACAACAUCAUCGCCUCUUGUUCCGAGGACUCAUCUGUGCGGGUAUGGGAGAUCCCGGAGGGUGGUCUGCGGCGGAACAUGACAGAGGCAGUGCUGGAGCUGUACGGCCACAGCCGACGCGUGGGCCUCAUUGAGUGGCACCCCACCUCCAGCGGCAUCCUCUUCAGCGCUGGAUACGACUACAAGAUCCUGAUCUGGAACCUUGAGAUCGGGGAGCCGGUGAAGAUGAUAGACUGCCACUCGGACGUCAUCCUGUGCAUGUCCUUCAACACCGACGGCAGCCUGCUGGCCACCAGCUGCAAGGACAAGAAGCUGCGCGUCAUCGAGCCGCGCUCCGGCAGAGUCUUACAGGAGGCGAACUGUAAAAACCACAAGGUGAACAGGGUGGUGUUCCUUGGCAACAUGAAGCGACUGCUCACCACGGGGGUGUCCCGCUGGAACACCAGACAGAUUGCCUUGUGGGACCAGGAGGACCUGUCCAUGCCCAUUGUAGAGGAGGAGAUCGAUGGGCUGUCGGGACUCCUCUUCCCCUUCUACGACCCUGACACACACAUGCUCUACCUGGCAGGCAAGGGAGAUGGAAACAUUCGAUAUUAUGAGGUCGCCAAUGAGAAGCCAUACUUGUUGUAUUUGAUGGAGUUCAGAUCCCCCGCACCUCAGAAAGGCCUGGGUGUGAUGCCAAAGCAUGGGCUUGAUGUAGGAGCAUGCGAGGUGUUCAGGUUCUAUAAGCUGGUCACACUGAAAGGUCUGAUCGAGCCCAUCUCCAUGAUCGUGCCAAGGAGGUCGGAGACAUACCAGGAGGACAUCUACCCCAUGACGGCAGGAACAGAGCCCUCUCUCACGGCUGACGAGUGGCUAAGUGGGAUCAACAGAGACCCAGUACUCAUGUCUCUGAAAGAUGGCUACAGCAGACCCAAUCAACUGGUCUUCAAGGCCCCCGUGAAAGAAAAGAAGAGCGUGGUGGUGAAUGGGAUUGAUUUGCUGGAAAAUGUUCCGCCCAGGACAGAAAACGAGCUUCUGCGGAUGUUCUUCAGGCAGCAGGAGGAGCUGCGCCGGCUGAAGGAUGAGCUGACCCAGAAGGACGUUAAAAUCAGACAGCUGGAGCUGGAGCUCAACAACCUGCGCAACAGCUCCAACGGUGUAUGAGCAACGUUGGAUGAACACUGGGGCUCUGGGGGCAGAGCAGAGCAGAGCCGAGCCACCAACCCCCUGUGAUAUGUGUACACCAAGCCCCCCCCCCCCUAACCCCAACCCUACCCUGGCACUGGUGAUGACCCCACACCCCAAUGGCAUAUGGCCUAAACUCACUGACCUUCUCCAACCCCCUCCACAUUUUAGCCUGCUCAAUGGGGUUAUUUUUUGUUCCCUGGAGAGGCAAGUGUAUUUUUUCCCUCCUCCCCUGGUGUAUGCUCCAGCGAGUCUUUUUUCUCAAGGGGAAGAACGAUUUCUUCUUCCCUGUGCAACCAAUGCUAACCUCUUGCUCUCUCAUGAUUCCAUUCUCUCUCUCUCUCUCUCUCUCUCUCUCUCUCUCUCUCUCUCUCUAUCUCCUCCCUCACCUAUGGCCUGAGUUUCCCCACUGCCAGUUGAGCUGCAGUGAGCUCCGUCGAGACGGAUCUUCGCACCCAUGGGUGUGCAUGUGAACUGUACAAAAUGGAACACAAAUAAGUUUUAACUACAGGGCUUUGCUUUCCCCCUCCUUCCUUCUCCCCAGUGAAUGUUUCUACUGCAAAAAGAUGAUUUGAAUUUGGAUUUUGAAUGGCUUUCAUCAGCUAUAUUAGUCUGUUUCUGAAGGUAGAUGAGUACCACAACUAUCUGUAUUUUACACUUGGCUCUAAGACGGUAGUAUUUUACUUUCAUUAUGGUAAUUAUUUAUUUUGUUUCUGUUUUUUUGUAUUACCUUAGGCUAUUUUCUUUGUAGUCAAGACCAUCUCAGUAAAAUACUGACAACAAAGAAUAAUAAUUUGCAGGCAUAUUGUAGUAAUUCCUGAAGAGAACAGAGGGUGUGUUCCAAUAUGCGACUUUGCGUCCUCCACUUGUGCUUGUGGCCUCGAACCAGGAAGUAAUAUGUCAUGAUGACAUCACUGGCAACAGCACUAUAUUUCAUUAUCUCGCAAAAGCUCAAUUGUGAAGUCAUUUUCUCAUUUGCAAACUGGAUGGUGAAUGAAGAAUAGUCCCCCAAAAAAUGUUUUGGCUAGGCUGACAGCUGGGAAACUUUAUUUUUUUCUGCAUGGAGGAGGGACCAGGAGGCGGGGCGAGGCCACAAGCACAAGUGGAGGAUGGAAGGUUGCAUAUUGGAAUGCACCCAGAGACUCCGAAAUGAACUGUGCCAGUUAUGAUGUCUAAAGGGCGGGUCUUCACUGGAGUGCAGUGCCAUGUGCCAAGAGUGAGAUAAUGAGGUAAUGCCAUCAUGUCGGCGUGGCGGCGGGCCAAACUACACCUGUUAUGGAAUUCACAGAAAAUCUGGCUGGCAGCGAAACUCUGUGAUGUGAUACGAGGCGUAGUGCUUGCACACCAUGCUUUCUGCUUUUGCGCUCAUGCACAAGAAAUGCAGAAUAGCAGAAAUGUAAGAUGAUUUUGUCAGGUCUACAAUGGGACGGAGCUAAUGCAUAUUUAGAUGGGCUUUUUUAAAAAUGAUAUUAACACAGUAGAGCUAGUUAGGAUGUAAGUUUGGAGUUCACAUUCUUCAUUAGGUAUAGUUUGCAGUAGUCUGAAGCACUGAAAUAAAGAGGGCUGAACAGCGAUUGAUGAUGUGGACAAGUAUGUUAAACCAUGGUAAGUGUUUCAUCCUACAGAACUACGUACAUUUGUAUCAUUAUUUCAAAUGUGGGGUUCUCUUCCAAAGUUUAAAAGACAAUCUUUUUUUUCAUCCUGGUUUCAGUAUCACAAUCUCAAUUUUAGAAUCCUGCCACAGCAAAUAUGUGUCAACUGUCAACAUCAACAUUUUAUAGUGAUGUGUACGAUUCUGAUUGCAGGAGGUGGAAAUAGUCCUUGGCAUUGAAUUGUGAGGUUGUGAGGUGUAUGUAAGUGACUUGAAUGGCAAUGGAUUUGAUUUAAAUGUUUCGAUUCAAUGAUGGAACUGCCCAGCAGAUUGGUUUGUAAACAGUAUGUGCGGAUACACAAUGGGCAUGAUUGAUAAUAUACUGUAAGUAGAGUAGGUGCGGAAUGCUUAAAAACUAAACACAUUUGUAGAGCUGUUCUUCAAAAGAGCCAUCCCUAUUUAUUGAGUAGCAAUACCACAUACAUCACAGAACAAUGGUCAACCCCUCCAGGUAUCAUCCCCAAGGUAUGAGGCAGUAACCAGGAGUGAUUAAAAAAAAAAAAAUCAGAGAUACUUAGAUUUUUGGCAAACAAUAUAGAUAUCUGAAUUACAAGCUGUUGCCGAGUGUAUUACAACACAGAAUGCUUUUGGUGUAUCCUUUGAAUCCUCAACACUUUCCCAAGUGAGACACUUGUGAUCCAACUCCUUGAUGCCGAGAGGCCUACACUGUUCUGUGUAAAUAUUUUGUGUGUUUGCCACAGAAGAUGUUAAGGUUUAAUUGUUACAAUGCUUCUGUCAACUGUAUACCACUGUGGUUUCCUUUAGGACCCCUGAUGAUAUCUUCUCAAACUCCGAUAAGCUACCAAUUUCUCUUUGGCCAAAACUGUAUAGUACUUGUAAAGUAAGUAGAACAGGAAUGUGGCCACAGUAUUAAACUAAUGCUGAGUGACAUUAACUAUUCUUCUUACCUUUCAGCUGUUUUAACAGUAAUUGAUACUUCCUUAUAUUCACCAAAUGAAUUCCAUUGUUGAUUGAAACUUGUUGUAAUGUUUAUUUCCAAGCUAUUCAACUUGUAAAAUGUUCAUCUUUUUGUAUUUGAUUUCUCACUUUUUUAUUUGAUCCCCCCUGCCCUUCAAGGCUGCAGGAAUCCUUUCCCUGAAUGUUUUAACAAUGAACAACAACGAACUAUGAGACAAAAGCCCCAGUUUAGUUUUGCUACAAAGCUGUGAAACUGUUCAAACUUUCCUGAUGAUGUUUUUCCACGGAUGGCAAAGACACAUUGUUUAAAUACCAUACAUUAUUCUUUAAAUACCAUAAAUGUCUGAAUUCAAAUUUAAAUGUCUAAAUCUAAAUUAUUUAGCGGAUCUGAUUGUCCUUUACACAAGAACUGGCUCAUUAUAACACAUUAUAUACAAGUAAUGCCUAUACAAGUUCCACAUCUGAGAUAUCCUACUUUGUCAUGUGACUCUGAAGAUAGGCCCAAUGUUCCUGUCCCUCCGCAUUCAUGACAAAUUAUCUUCCUUUCCACAGAAUGCAGGUAAGAUGAACUGUAGUAAAAUAAAACCAUUGCGUCUUUUUUAAAUGCACUGAAAUGCAUUUCAGCACG